AUGGCUAAGUACAAGCUUCGUUGGGGCCAGGUGUUUAGUCGCCGCGAAGAGGAACGGGCGCGGCGUGAGCCGUCACGUGAGCGCGGGCGAUCCUUGGAGCGCUCGCCGCGCAGGCCGGCUUUUUGCGCACAUCGAGUGCCGGUUGCUAGGGACCAGCGGGCGGAAGGUAGGCCAAGAGUAGGAGCGUACGCCGUUAGCGCGGACGGAGACGCGGGGCAGAGAGAGCGGGAUCGCGGAGAUAGCGGGCAUGGGAGCGACGAGCGCCGCGCCGUGGGAGAAUUUCGCUCGCCGGAAGGACGCGGGCGCCGCCGCGAUGAGAGAGGCCGCUGGCGUGGCCUCGAGAGGUUCAACGCCGACCGAGCGAGGGAAGCCGCCCACGGGGAAGAACCGUGGGAGACUUCUAGUGAGGAGGAGGCGGAAGAGGCCGGUGCACACCUGGAGCGAGCGGCCGAAGACGCUGACGGAGGGGAUGACAAGGAGGAGCCCGUGACUGGGAUCGGAAACGCCAAGCCUGGAGCGGCAGAGGUCGUUGGGAGUGCAAGCCAAGUGGGAGGAUCGCAAUCGGGACGGCGGGAAUGGCGCGAGCGGGAUGCCAGCCAUCAGGAGGAGCAGAGCGCAGAGGGGCUUCGUCGACAGGAGCGGCGGGAGUGGGGCGUGCGCGUCGGUGCCACUAGUAGUGGGACGCAAGGAGAACGCAGCAGAAGUGACAUGGGCGGGCUGCGCGUAGCAAGGGAAGAACCGCGGCAGUGGGAGCGGCAGCCUGUCAACCCUCGCGCACUCGACGGGCGGCGGGCGCAGAAAGGCGGGGUCGGAGACGGCGCACUAUCGCUAGGCAGGCAGGUGACGCGCAAGGAAGGCGAAGAGGACGAGCCACGCGCAUCCAGUCACUACUGGCGGCGGGGAGAGGGACACGAGGAAGGGCCCAGUUCGGCGGAAAGGCGCGGCCAGCGGCAAGAGGAGCGAAGCAGGGUGGCGUGGAUAGCCGGCCCGCGGGAGCAGUGGGAGAGGAGGACGGGCAGGGAAUUUCGCUCGCCGCUCGGCAAGCGGCAGCGGGGAAGGGAAGAUGGCGGGGACGCACGCGUGUUUGUGGAUUGGCGGCGGCAGGAGAGGGGCGCAGCUUGGUCGCCGUCGCCAGAGAGGAGAGGGGCAGAAGGGAAGCUUACGGGGAUGCGGGCUGGAGCCGGUGAUGGCGAGAGAGCAGAGCGGGUGGAGGAAGCUUAG